CAUCAAAUGAUAAGAGACUAUUUAACUCAUAUGCGGCCUACAUAUAAAUUGAGGAGGAUCGUUCCUUACAAUGUAAAAAGCAUCGUUUAUGAGUUAAGUUGUCUAAGAAAAUGAGCAUGACAACUCAUGCAUUGUUCAUCUCAUCAGAGGACAGAAUGGACAAUAUAAAAGUGAACAUUAUCAAAACCAGGCAAGCGUUUCAAACUUCCAAAGAAAAUACAGCUGAAGAAUUAUUGGAACCUAAAAAGAAACAUUCUGGGAGUUUAUUGGGAAAGCAUUCCUUUAUUUUUUGGAUGUUGUUUAUUUUGCUGGUUAUAUUAGCAAUUGGUAAUUUAGUAAUAACUUUAGUUAUAUUUUGUGUCCUGCACUUGGGGAAAGGUAUGCAUGAUCUGGAAGUCAUUUCUGAACCCUCGACAAUCAAAUUUUUGAAUGCUAUUCAUUUAGACAAUAUUAUAAAAAGAGAUGGAAGAAUUGAAGGGUAUGGAGACACUCCUAUGGAAAUUGAAGUUCCCAACAGUUCUUUUUUGGUAAAUUUAUUGAAGAAUGACAAGCCUUCUACAAAGAUGAAAUUUAAUAACAAUGGUAUAGCAUUUACUGGAGUUGAAAAUAUGGAUAUUAUUGAUCCGCAUACUAGAGAAAAGAUAUUUGAAACAGAAUUUACUAGAUUAAAUAUUGCAAAAAGUACUAAAAGACUUAUAUCAACCUCUGUAGCUACAAAUAAAAUUAUUAGCCCUGUGGAUCGAAAUUUAAAUAUUGAAUCAAAUGGUAAAAUUCAGAUACAAGGAACAGAGGGAUUAUAUAUUCAAAGCAGUGAUAUAUUUUGGUCUGCAGACCAGGAUGUUAUCAUUCACUCAUUUAAUGGAACAAUUUCCUUAAAUGGCAAAGAUGGAGUAUCGAUUGACACUCAAACCAUACCUUUGAUUACAGAUGAUGUGAAAACUAAGCAUGAUGCCGGUAGUGUAUUGGCUUAUAAAUUGUGCAUUUGCAUGCCUCAAGGUAAACUUUUCAGAGUUCCUGUUCUAAAGGGUCAUAAUCCCAAAGGAAUAUGUACACAUAUUAAGAUGGAUUCUAAUAAUAAUCCAUGCAUUUAA